ACGCGCCACUCGUCGCGCGGCGCCGCGACGCGUCUCGUCUCCGGCUACCCGUCGUUCGCGUCACCCACGGUUCGCGCUUUGGAUCACUGCGGGACGACGAGCUGCAGAGCCGCGGCGGCGGGCGCGCUCGAAUGCCGACGCUCUCUGUUUAUGAGAGCCGUCCCGUCGCGACCGGCUGACGAUCCCGGCCGGCGGCAAUUUCGACCGCGGAUCGGUCUAGUGCGCGCGCGAACGCGCCGACCUGCACGCAGGAGGCGAAGGAAAAAGUUAUCCGCGCGAACGAGAGAUUCGUGCCAGUUGAAAGUUUUUAAUAAAUUGUGACGAGAUCGGCUCGCGUUCCGAGCACGUGUUAACGUUUGGAUCGGUUUUGGGGCGAGAAUGUGGACGUGGACCAGCGUCCGUUGGAUGGUGACGGAGUGAGUUUCCUCAGCGAAUAGAGGGACCGCAGAAAAUCGACGGAAAGCCAGCGAGUAAACGAGGACGACGCGAGAAAACAGAGAGACCCGGUUGCGGUGCUGCCGUUGAGGGGAAUCGGAAGAACUGGAGUAAAGGUCUUUCGUGGUUCUUCCGGAGUCCUCAUUAAACGGAUCGGCGAACGGAACGAAAAGAGGAAUAUUAUAGAAGACUCUCUCGUCGCCGAGACAAUUCCUGAGGAAGGCGACAAGUUUAUUGUUGAUUAUUCAGACGAAUUUAUCGCGAGUUGCUGUUGUUUCGUCGCGUUCGUUAAAACUUGUUGAUCCGUGCGAGUGUGCUCACUGGGUGACCGAAAACUUCCUCCAAUAUUGUUUUCCCUUUUCUUCGUUUUCUUUAUCCUCGAAGAGGAGCGCGUAAGGAACUUCUCGUUCGUGACUGUCGACUGCCAAGUAGUGUUACGUACAGGAAAAGAAAAUGUGAUCGGAGGACAGGGUUUUGUUUAUUCAGCCUGUACAAGGCUUCUUGUAUACAGAGGGUGGAAAGUGUUACGGAAAAGGAAUUAAUGGAAUUGAAAAAGUAUCUGUCGCUUCAGUAAGCUCGUCUGUAAAAAGAGACCUUUGUUAAUCGAUCGGAACGAGGGUGAGAAGUUUCGUGAUGAGAGAACUACGGGAACAGCGUCUUAAUUGCUGCAAUCGGAUCAGUAUUAAAAAUGUUCCGCGCGAAGCUCGGGGGAUGAUCUGAAAUUCAAAGAUACUCUGUUUCAUUUUUCUUAACUGUGGAAAGUAAGGUGAGGUCGUCGAGGAAUUAUCGGAGAAGCGACAGCGUACAAAAGAGAUUACGUUUAGCGACGAACAACCGUUAAUCAACGCGAAUAUACCGGGUGUACCGCGUGGAACUCGGAGUUUACGAGGAAGCCGGGGCCGGCGUUAAGAAAUUCCGAGGUCCAGGAAGAGUUCUGAAGGACGCUUGUUAAACGUCGUCGAGCGGCGUCUCAUUGAAACCUGAGAAUCGGAGAACAAAUUCACGCAGCAAAGCGUGCGUUCCGGUGAUUCGCGACGGACAAAUCUCCGGGGAACGAGGCCUGUAAUCGACGAAGUGGAGAUCGUCCGGGGGAGGAAAUAGUGUACGAGGGGAUAAAAUAGUGCGCGAGGUGAAUGGUGGACUGACGAGUUCCUGGUGAUCGCGAGGAAAACUGGCGACGACGGUGUUUGCCUUCGGGAGGGACUCGUCCCGCGAAUUUCUCGAGGCAAACGUCCAGAAGAAGGAUUCGAGGUGAAUGUCGAUAGAGUGAGAGGAGGUCCGCAGGAUCGAUCCAUUGGAAAAUCGAGCCGGGGUACGAGUCACAUACUGCCAGAUGAGUUCAAGGAGGGUCCACGAGGACUCGGCUGACACGUCGUCGAUAUUCGAGUACGAGGACGUGAUAAAAUUAUAAUAAAGGCGGGAACUUUAGUUAAAAACCGUCGCUCGACGUGCGGAAGGAAUACUCGUUCUUACUAGUUAGUCAUCUCCUAUCCCUCAACAAAGUAACACAAAGAAAACAGAGAAAUAUAUAUAUAUAUAUAUAUAUUCAUAUACCUAGAUAUAUAUGUAUACAUAAAUGAUAUAUUGAUGUUAGUCGAAAUUAUAUUGAUUCAUCUCCAUCGAUCGGUGGAGACUCGUUAACAAGUUGAAAUUCCGGCUCGUAGUUGGCAAGCCAAGGAUAACCGUUUCUCCCUAACGGACAGGUGAAAUUAGUUGGACAGUCGUGGAAACAUGGCGAUGGUAAUAUCGCCCCGUAGUAAAAUCGUGACUCUGUCGUUGUUGAUCUUUUUCAUUACCCUCGUGGCGUUGAUAAUCACGGGCGUGGUCGGCAUAUGGCACACGGGCGAGAAACCGACGAAGUCCGGCACGCCGAAGGUGGUCAGCAGCAAGCUGCAACAGAUCACCGGCUACACGGCCACCAAACACAUCGAACGAGACGAUGACGAAGACAGAAGCGAGGAAAGUAAUCCGCCGCCAUUCAUCACACCUCCGCCGCCGAAUCUGGACUAUAAAGGACCAAAAGGUGAUAAGGGUGACAGGGGAGACAAGGGAGAGACCGUCAGGGGACCACCAGGUCCUCCUGGCCCACCCGGUCAAGACGAGGGUCCGCCAGGGACGAAAGGGGAUCCCGGCACGUGCACCUGCAAUGCAACAGCCCUGAUGGCGUCCUUUACGAUGCCAAAGAUGAUCCAAGGACCGAAAGGAGAACAAGGAGUGCCGGGGCAGGAAGGAAAACAAGGCCAGAUGGGGCUCACGGGUGCAGCAGGACCGCCUGGAGAGAGAGGACUAGAAGGGCCACAAGGUCCUAAGGGUGAUAAAGGAGACGUGGGUGGACAGGGACCGGAAGGUCCUCAAGGACAAAAAGGAGAACCUGGCCGGGAUGGGAUUCCGGGAGAGAAAGGUGCUCAAGGACCGCCGGGUCCCCCCGGGAAGGGUGAAUUCUCUGGCUAUGACCCUAGUUGGAAACCCCGGGGCAUUUAUAGGACGGAGGGUAUCACGAUGAGGCCAGGACUCCCAGGACAAAAGGGCGAGGCAGGUCUUCCAGGGAAUCCAGGACCGAAAGGGGAAUCAGGAGUCGUCGGGGCCAAAGGUAACAAAGGCGAGCCCGGACACAAAGGCGGGAAGGGUGAUCACGGAAAAGAAGGUCCACGGGGUAUACAAGGGUUCAAAGGUGAACCUGGCGCGCCGGGAUCCCCGGGACUCCCUGGAGCACCAGGUGAGAACGGAAGACCGGCGGAGAAGGGCGACAAGGGAGACACGGGACCGGAAGGGAAACCUGGUACCCCUGGACCACCAGGACCUCCGGGAAUACCCGGAUUAAGCGGUCCCGGAGGAGUGGAUAUUACAGACACAAUACUGAGAGAAAAAGGCGACAAAGGCGAGGCCGGCGCGCGCGGGUACAAAGGAGAUAAAGGGACGAAAGGCGAGAAGGGAGACAAAGGUGAUUCUGGACCAGCUGGGAUUCCUGGUGUAAAUGGCAGUCAAGGACCGCAAGGCAACAAAGGCGAGCCAGGCAAGGACGGAGUUCCAGGCACGCAGGGCACUUUUGGUCCGAAGGGCGAGAAAGGCGAGAGAGGUCCGCCAGGACAAACGGCUAUAGCUGGCUCCGGGACCGAGUUCAUCACCAUCAAGGGUGAAAAAGGAGCGGAGGGCAAGAGGGGAAGACGAGGCCGGCCUGGGCCACCAGGUCCUGUAGGACCACCGGGCAAGCCAGGAGCAAUGGGCGAAAUUGGUUUACCUGGAUGGGUGAACACCAUGAAAGGUCGUCCUGGAACUCCCGGACUUCCUGGACCCAAUGGACCAGCGGGGCCCAAGGGAGAGAAAGGGGAUCCCGGCGCGCCCAGCCCUUACGGACUUUCUGUUGGCAUAAAAGGGGAUAAAGGGGAUGAUGGUUUUCCGGGAAUUCCCGGAGUACCCGGAAGAGACGGUCAGAGAGGACCUCCGGGACCGCCUGGUCCGCCGGGACAGCCGUCUGAAGGGAAUUACGUUCCAGUCCCGGGACCUCCGGGACCUCCAGGACCACCAGGACCUCCGGGAGUCUCAUUAAUUGGACAGAAAGGUGAACCAGGAAUUGGCAGGAGUCACAUAUUUGGUGAAAGAGAUUACUACGGAGUUCGACAAGGAGCUAGAACUAGUCUGGACGAAUUGAAAGCUCUCCGAGAACUAAAACAAUUGAAGGAACUAAAAGAACAUUUAGGUGCUACAAGCACAGCAACCAGAGGGCCUGUAGAAACCACGACGAAGAUCGUGCCGGGAGCUGUGACUUUCCAAAACACAGAAGCCAUGACAAGAAUGUCGGGUGUGAGUCCGGUUGGAACACUAGCUUACAUCAUAGACGAACAAGCACUGCUCGUUAGAGUCAACAGUGGCUGGCAGUACAUUGCAUUGGGCUCGCUUUUACCAAUAACUACCCCGGCACCACCGACGACGUCACCGCCACCGGCGAAUCCACCUUUCGAAGCUUCCAACCUGAUCAACCAGAUACCCGUAAAAGCAGACGGAACAGGGUGGUAUCCGCGAAUGUUACGAAUGGCUGCUUUGAACGAGCCGUUUACCGGUGACAUGCACGGCGUACGAGAAGCUGACUACGCUUGUUAUCGACAAGCGAAGCGAGCCGGUCUGAGGGGUACGUUCCGGGCAUUCCUCAGUUCCAGAGUUCAGAACGUCGACAGUAUCGUAAGACUGGGCGACCGCGAUCUCCCCAUCGUCAAUAUAAAGGGAGACGUUCUGUUCAAUUCGUGGAAGGAGAUGUUCAACGGAAAUGGGGCGUAUUUCUCGCAGAACCCGAGGAUCUACAGCUUCAACGGAAAGAACAUCCUCACCGACUUUGCCUGGCCAGAGAAAGUGGCGUGGCACGGGUCGCACAAAUUGGGAGACCGGGCGAUGGACACGUACUGCGACGCCUGGCAUUCGAGCAGCUCGGAUCGUUACGGAUUAGGAUCACCGUUAACAGGCGGUCGUCUAUUGGAACAAGUUCGUUAUUCCUGUGACAACAAGUUCGCGGUGCUCUGUAUAGAAGUAACCAGCGAGACCACGAGAAGGCGGAGAAGCACGGAAGAUGUGGAGAACGAGGAGGAGAUGUCGGAAGACGAUUACAAGGAGUACUUGGAUUCUCUAAUGGAAAAUUAAUCCUUCCAUUUCCCUCUCUAUCUCUUUUUAUCCCUUUAUCUCUCUCUCUCUCUCUAUUCCCGAGCAUACGUAUGCAACACAACAGAGCUCGUCGCUCCUGUCGUUAUGUAAAUAGAAACCGAGAUGUGUCGCCCAUUACUAUUUAAUGUACCAGUGAAAAGCAAUAGAGGAAGGAAGGGAAGGAUGUAAAAAUAUCAUUCGAACACGGCAUUAACACGUUCGCUGUGAAUAUUGACUUUACGUUAAUGCAUGAUGCAGAAUUAAAAAUUCGUUGAAAUUUUAUGGCUCUGAACUUGUACGUCGUUUAUAAUUAAAGAUACUGCAAUACGUUCCGUGAAUGCAUUUCAAUAAAACAGUACAAUAGAAUAGCAGAAAUUGCCGCGUGAAAGGUUUAAAUAUAAACAUGUAGCAAAGCCGCGGCGAACGCGUUAAUCAAUAAUAAGUGUUUGAUCAUUGACCAUCUCGUUUCUAAGCAAUGUAAAAUCUACUUAUAAUUCCAAAGGUUGUAACCCUAAUCGCGAAUCAUUAGCCAAGGCUUCACACGAAUUUCCGUUCUCUCUUUAAAAAAUAAGACUGAUCGUCUAGACAUCGUUCAUCAAUGUUUCAAGUCGAUUGCACACGCCUGUACUCUUAAUCGCCGUCGUUAUCGAGCGUCGAAUGAGCGUUUAUGCGACGCGCCACGUUUCGUGCGGCAAUAUCAACGGGCGCUACAUCGACGCUAAUUAGGGGUUCCCUACGUCACGAUAAACGUCCAGUACUUAGAUCGUUUCUAAGGGAGGAGACGAGUGGUCAGAAUGCCCGCCAUACACCGAGUCAUUACUUACCGUAGAGAAAUAAAAAUAAUGCGUAAUAAAAUGAGAGCAGGACGAAAGAGCAUAGACUGCGGCUGCCCUACGACCUAAGAUAAACGUCGGAGUUCAUAUCCGCGAUCGAAUUGCAUUUACAUUUUAGCCAAUACAUAUGAGUGUGUAUGUUUAGAUGUAAGAAACGAGUCGAUUACAUAAGAAAAGGUUCCGUGAAAGACCGUCGAGUUUCUCGCACCUGGAAUCCGGAUUUAUGCUCUGUGUACAAUUCGCGGCAGACGUGUUCCCGACGAUAGCAAUUACGUAAAACAAGUUGGAAACCGGGCACGGAUUAAGAGAGGUCAAGAUGGAUUAGAGGAGGACAAUCGGUCUUCAUUUCUCUUUUAAAAUACCUAGAUCAAUGAGAUGCACACACGAGAUAUGCAAAUUUCACUUCCAUAAGAUUAUCAAUUUUAGAUUCAUAUUCUAUUCCUGAGUUUCGGCGCCUCCUCAGUCUUUGACCUCGGAGAAAUUUUAAUCCGAACUCGUUGCAACUUAUAAACGAAAUGUAAGAAUAGGAUUGUUUGCGAAUUGGCCUAAUAGUUGCGAAUAGCUGUGGAACCAAGCUUUCGAAACUACUCGAUAUUAUGUGUAGCAAUAUUUUAUAACUCACGUAUAGUUCCCGCUCGUAACGGAAUCGUCACCGUGUCCCAGGCCGUUUCGCCGCUGUGUUAAUCGUCGCUGGCCUCAGCCGUUCGCAUCGAGCAUAAAUCGCGUCUAAGUCAGUGUCUAUAAUUCGAAGAUACGAUGAUAUAUUACUAACGUUAAAACUAAUUUAUUACGAUUAAGUAGAAAAAAGCAUCGGUCUGUACCUUUAGGUUGUCAGCAUGCUUGUUGGCGAAUCGAUUUCGUGCCGGAAAAAGAAGUUAAAUGAAAGAAAUAAGAAUUUCCCUCGAUGCCAUAUAAAGUACAUAUGUAGAUCCUGACCGUGCAGAUGUAAAACCAACUAUCCUUCGAUAUAGUUUGCACCGAGGACCGUUUUUAGUUCGAAACUUUGUAUUAUUUGUACACUUUAUUAUUGUCUUUCUAAAUAAAAAACGGAAACUGCAUCAAGUGGACUCAUGAA